UUCCUUCACUCUACGACCAUUACGAGAAACAUAAUGUUUUGCUUUUUUUCGAAGGAGUACAAUAAAAUGUUUUAAAGUGACCUAAAGCAAAGAGUUUUAAUGGAGGACGUUAAGAAAUUGUGUAGAAUUUGUUUAAAGAAUAUAUGUGAAAGUUUUGAAUGUAAAUCUGUAUUUGACAAAGAUGAAAAUAACGUUAAAAUUGCAAAAAAAAUAUACGACAUCAGUGGAAUUUUUAUUGAAAAAACAAGUUAUUUACCAGAGCAAAUAUGUAUAAAAUGCGACAAAGUAUUAAAUUUGGCAUAUUUAUUUCGGUUGAAUUGUCUAGAGAGUGAUAUAAAACUUAAAGAAUCUAAAUUUACAACUGACAUUGUUCAAGUACACUUAAUUAAAACCGAAACAAAUUUAGAUCAGCUUUUAGAUGAAGUAGAUAACUUAGAGAACUCUGAAGAUAACAAAGAUUUAUUUGAAUAUCAAGAAUUUUUAUCAACUAAUGAUGACAGUACUGAUCAACCAGAUAAUGGAGAACAUAAACAGGAAGCAGAAGAUGUACUUUCUGAUAUGUCUCAACCACUAAGAAAAAAGAAAAGGCAUAUUGAAUGGAAAGAAGGAAAAAAUCCAUCACCAAGAAGAUUAUGCAAAUUUAAUAAAGCUUGGUUUAAAGAAUACAAUUGGAUUCGCGAAGGAGAAGAUCAAUAUUAUGCGACUUGCACAGUAUGUAAAUGCCAAUUUUCCAUUAGUCAUGGAGGACGAUCAGAUAUUGCAAGACAUGUUAAUACAGAAAAACAUAAACAAAAUAUAGAUCCGUUGUUAGUUAAACAAAAAGUUUUCCGAGGCAAUGGAAUAAAAGUUCCCCAAAAUGUCAACGAAAUCACUUAUACAAUUUGCGAAAUCUGCGGAAAUAAGUAUCCGUCAAAAACUCAUUUGAGAAGACAUCUAAAAUAUCAUUCCGACGUAUUAGAAUAUGAAUGCGAAAUUUGCAAAAAAAAGUUUAGAUUAUCAAUGCAACUAAGAAAACACAUGCGUGUACAUACAGGAGAAAAACCAUAUGAAUGCAAAUUUUGUGGAAAACGUUUUACAGAUUUUAGCUCGAAAUUAAAACAUGAACGCUCUCACACUAAUGAAAGACCUUAUUCCUGUGAUACUUGUGGUAAGACAUUCACAUCAUCAGGAGUUUGCAAAAAACACAAGCGGACACAUACUGGCGAAAAACCACAUCACUGUGAAAUUUGUGACAAAGGUUUUGCUGAGAAAACCCAGUUGAUGACACAUUUCAAAUCAUUUCUCCAUCAGAGUCGAGAAUCUAUUGCAAUGAAAAAUUCAAUUAAAAUAGAAACUGAAUAAUGUCUUUAUUCAUAAUACAUAAUACAUUUUUUUUUCAAUA